CAACAUGUCCACAAUUCUUCCCUUUUUCUCGUUCAUACUGUGCAUUAUUUCAUCUACCCAAAGCGCGGACGACUUCAUUAAGAAUGGCGGCACACCAGUCGUGUGCUACUAUCACGGCUGGGCGGCCACCCGGUCCAGCCCCAUGAACUACAGGAUCAAAGACAUUCCAGGCGACCUGUGCACGCACGUCAACUUGAAUUACGCCGGUAUUGACAUGGACAAGCUUACAGUCAAGGAUCUCAUUCCAGCGUAUCAAAUCAAUUCGCGACAGUACAAGGAAUUUACCGGCAUCAAAAGCAAAUUCCUGUUUGUAAAGACGAUGAUCUCGCUGGGAGGUUGGGACCAAGGAGGAGAAGCUUUCUCGUACGUUGCGAGGGAUCCAGUCAGACGCUGCAAUUUCACAAAGAACCUGUACAAGUUUCUCAAGGACAACGACUUCGACGGCGUAGACAUCGACUGGAGAUUUCCCGCCAGCCCCGAUAGGGCCGGCCAGCCAGAAGAUAAGGAAAACUACGUACAACUCCUGAAGAGUUUUUGCUCACUCAGGAAGAAAGGACUCACUGUGACGGCCACGGUCCCUAUAACGCCAUAUUACCUGGAUGCCGGAUACGACAUUAAAGAAAUGGCUAAGUACGUUGACUGGUUCAACGUCCUUGGUUUUGACUUGAGAGGACGCUGGACUGGUAUUGCCGAUGUCCACAGCCCCUUGCAUGCACGUUCUUUUGAAACCGGUGAUGUCCGGAAUCUCAACGUGGAAAGGGGCCUGGCAAGACUCGUAGAGCUUGGCGCCCCCAAGAAGAAGCUGGUGCUUGGAAUUCCUUUCUUCGGGCGGAGCUUUGUCCUUCAGGACAGCAACAAGACCCAAGUGGGUGCCCCCAUCAAGGACGCACCUGCAGUUCCUGGACCAUUCAUUGGCAGCACGGAGAUUAUGGCUUACUACGAGAUCUGCACCAAUAUCGUGGACGAAAUUGCCACACGGGAGUUCGACAAGGAAGCCAUGUGUCCUUACAUACAUUACGAUGACCAGUGGAUUGGAUACGAAGAUGAAGAAAGCGUAGGAGCGAAGAUGGAUUUUAUCAUCAAAGAAGGUUACGCGGGCGUGAUGGUCUACAAUAACGACAUGGACGACUUCAACGGAGUGUGCGGCAAAACGCAUCCCCUGCUUAAGACCAUCUACGAAAAGCUGGCCGAACUGCCGGAGCGAAGGAGGCGAUGAAUACAUAGUAAUAAAUAAAUAGGCAACAUUUCAAAGAAAUGAUUUCUCCGGACAAAGAAGUCAGAUUUCUCUUAGCAGCGUCUAAAGACCUGAAAUUGAACAUCAUUAAAGAAUUUCGUUCUUGU